AUGCCAGAAAGAUCAAACAUACGGUGUCGGAAUUUUGAUAUAACCAUAGAAAACGAAGAACAAGGCACUGAAAACGCCCACUACUACGACAGAGCAGCGUAUCAAUCACCAUCGGAAGAAGAAGUGAAGCAAGGCUGGUUACUAAGACCUGCCAUGGACAUGGAAAUUAACACGAGGAAGAAGAAACGUUGCGUCAAUAUUAAUCCCCCAGUGUUUAUCAGAACCCUGGUCGUGGUUGCCAUAUUGGCCGGAUUUGCUGCCCUUGUCGCUUUUCUAGUCGCUAGACGAAACCGCCAGCGGCCUCUCCCCGUCCAGGACAACUACACCGUUGCUCUUCAUCGGGCGCUUAUGUUCUUUAAUGCUCAAAGAUCUGGAAAACUCUCUGCGAAUAACAAUGUUUCGUGGCGGGGUGACUCGUGCUUGGACGACGGGAAAGGCUAUUUGAAAGGGCUAGAGGGGGGCUACUACGACGGUGGAGAUAUGGUUAAAUAUAAUUUUCCGGCAUCUUUUGCCAUGACCAUUUUGAGUUGGAGCGUACUCGAGUAUAGUGCAAAAUAUGAAGCUGCUGGAGAGCUCAACCAUGUCAAGGACAUAAUCAAAUGGGGCACGGAUUACCUACUGAAGACUUUUAACUCCUCUGCAAAAACAAUAGACAAGGUUGCUUCACAAGUUGGCGAUGCAAAUGAUUCUUCCGAGGCGAAAACCGACAACGGAGACUGUUGGAUACGUCCUGAGAGCAUUAAUUACCCGAGGCCUGCGAUCCCAUGUUCUACCUGCCCAGCUUUAGCUGCAGAAAUGGCCGCUGCCUUAGGUGCUGCAUCAAUUGUUUUCAAAGAUGACAUAGAAUACUCAAAGAAAUUAGUCCAUGGAGCUGAUUUACUCUUUAAGUUUGCUACAAAAGGUGAAGGCGAACACUAUACCGGUGGUUCAGACCUCUCUUCGAAAUUCUAUAAUUCGACCGGUUUCUGGGACGAGUUUGUCUGGGGAGGCGCUUGGAUGUAUUUUGCAACUGGAAACUCAUCCUAUAUCGACCUUGUUACAGACCCCGGUCUGGCAAAACAUGCCGAGGCUUUCUGGGGCGGUCCCAAUCGCGGUGUACUCAGUUGGGACAACAAGCAUGCGGGUGCUCAGUUGCUUCUUAGUCGAGUGAGAAUGUUCUUAGAUUUCGGUUAUCCGUAUGAAGAAAUGUUAAGGACUUUUCAAGAACAGAUAACCGAAAUCGUUUGCUCAUACCUUCCAGGGUUCAAUAACUUCAACAGGACGAAAGGAGGCCUAAUUGAACUAAACCACGGUAAGCCUAAACCUCUUCAAUACGUCGUGAAUGCGGCUUUUCUGGCUGCACUGUAUGCCGAUUACCUCGAAGCGACAAUGACACCGGCAUUAAAGUGCGGGGCCAAGUUUUAUCCGAUUGAAACAUUUCGAGACAUUGCGAAGUCGCAGAUUAAUUAUAUCCUGGGGAGAAAUCCGCAAAGAUUGAGUUACGUGGUUGGCUUUAGUGAUCAUUUCCCUAAGUAUGUGUAUCAUAAAGGUGCAUCAAUUCCCAGCUACAUCAAGCAUCAAAGCUGUAGAGAAGGACUAAAAUGGAAGGAGAGUAAAAAGCCGAAUCCAAAUACAAUUGUCGGAGCUAUGGUUGCUGGACCUGAUAAGUAUGACGGUUUCCAAGAAAACCGAUCUGAUUACAAUUUCACGGAGCCAACAAUCGCUGGGAAUGCAGGUUUGGUUGCAGCACUGGUGGCUUUGUUGGAAGGAAGUAAAACCGGGAUCGACAAGAAUACCAUAUUUUAUGCAAUUCCUCCACUUUCUACACCUCAACCACCCCCGCCGCCGUAACAACAACCAUGACAUGUAUUUUCUUUAUCUUCCCUUUUCGAGAAGAUAAUACCAUGGCAGCUAGUGAAUUUAGUGCAUAGUAUAUUUUUUUAGUCUACUAGUUGAAGGACAAAGGGCUAAUUAUAUGAAGCACAGUUUAAAAAAUGUCUAAUACUCUAGGAAAAAUUCCAUCAAUUUACAAAACAAUUUGCAUUUUUUAA